AUGUCUUCAGAAGAUGGACAUGGAAGAUCGACUGCACGCACAACGCGGCGUGAUACGGUCGACCUCCCCUCGGGGACUACACUCGAAUACGUGCUCCUUCAGCCAACGUCGGCGAACGGCCCCAAGAAGCUCGCCGUGUGUCUACACCCAUGGUCAUGGCUAGGAGGCCGGAUGGAUGAUCCCGUUCUCAAGAUAAUGACCGAACCCUUGCUAGAGCAAGGAUAUGACGUACUGCGAUACAACUCCCGUGGCGUCGGAAAGUCCAAGGGCUGGGCGUCCUUGACUGGCGCACAGGAGGUCGAAGACCUCAAGGACCUCGUGAAGUGGGUGCUUUCCAACAGUCCCGAGCUGUCGAAGCUCGUCAUAGUCGGCUACUCACAUGGCUCGCUGAUCGCCUCCAUGCACCCGGUGCUCCCCGACCUGGAUACAUCCCACAUCCUCCUGUCAUACCCCCUCGGCCCGCGUCACUGGCUCACCGCAUUCCACACACACUGGUACACCACCGCGCUCCGGGACCUCGUCCGCGACCCGAAAUCAAACGUACUCGUCAUAUACAGCGACGGCGACAACUUCACCGCAGUGGAGAGCUACGACGCGUGGGCUCAGGGGCUCAAGGACUUGCACGUGGCAGAAGCACAAGACGUCGCAGAGGCCCACGGGAAGCUCGAGGUCGUCGAGAUCGCCGGCGCGUCGCAUUUCUGGAGAGAGCCGCCGGCCGUCCGCCGUCUUCUGGAUGUCGUUCGGACUUGGGUGCAGUGACGCCGUGCCCACUGCCGAGCGGUCUAUAGCAUACUCCGCCCACGUAAUUCUCCACGGUGUUACCAAUGAUCUCAACGGCAAUGACAUUGGUGAUACGGUGCUGCGAAACUAAAUUUGUAGAGCACUACGCUGGACUAUAUGCGCUUUACCGGCCACCCCGACUUGUCGAAGCUCUCGAAGACGUGCGGCCCCGCGUGCAUCCGCGCUCGAGCAGCAUUGCGUUCUCCAAAACGCUCGUAUAUCUCGGUCAUGUGGAGAGUAGGGAGUAAUAGUCUGUUUUGAACACAACUCGGAUUCUUAGCUGCAAUCCCCUGGACGUUGGAAGUUCAACGCUGUAUCCUAGAAUAUAAC